UCCUAUUAAGCUAGCGACAAAACGGGAUGCCGUGGCUGAAGGUUUAGUGAGAUAAAUGUACGUUUUUUUUAUGAAUUGUAGCACAUAUGGGUGUUUUGGUAGAUGAAAACAAAUCUGUAUUUAUCAGUAAAUCAAGUUUGAUGCAUUAAAAACAGAUUCAAAGAUUGCGUGAUAACGUCACAGAUUAACGUCAACGGAUGAAGCUUAGUUACGUACGAUUCUUCUCCAGUCAGAUCGAGCCUCAUCUCAUGAAAACUCGUUUGUGAAUUACGAAUUGCAGUGCAAAGCGAAGUGUGAUACGGAGACUAGAGUAAAGAGAUUCAUCAGUUUAAUUUUUUUAUCAAUGUAGUAAGCGGAUAUAUUUGGUUAAAACAAGAGGCGGUUCCAUAUGGACUACAUCCGAGAAUUUGAUAUCCGCCUAGAGAAGGAGAUGUAUUACGCUGGAGAAACUUUGGUGGGUCACGUGAUCUUGGAUACGGUGGAAAAUUUCAAACUUAAAGCCAUCCGUGUGCUACUACGGGGCAAAGCACACGCAGAAUGGAAAGUGGUGGUCAGUGGCGAUCGAAGAACAGUUAAAGAUGACCAAGUGUUUCUGGACAGUAGAUCGGUCAUCUGGGGUAAAGAGAAACUGGAUGGUAUCGUCCCCAUCUUGACUCGAGGCCACCAUUCCUUUCCCUUUAGGUUCCAGCUUCCAGAGAGUAGUCUCCCUUGCAGCUUCGAGGCACGUCAUUGUACUGUUCGUUAUUACGUCAAAGUUACACUGGACAUUCCGUACGCCUCCCCCCCGCAAGGCAUGAAGUAUUUUACAAUUAUAGGCCCACAUAUUGAUUGUAUGGACGAGCAGUAUUUGGUUUAA